UCUCUCUCAUACAGAUCCACACGCACAGUCUGACAUCACUCAGUACAAAGGGUGGAGUGAGACCACAUUGAAUUCAGUUCUGUCUGUAGGGGAAGGGAAUUUCUUUGCAGACACAGGCAGCAGCGGCAGCAGUGGGAUCCAUCGGCUGAGUCACUUGCUGAGACCGACAUCGAGCCCAGCACACAUACAGUAUACGCAGGCUUAUAUCUACCACCGCCUCUACAAGGAGAGAGGACUUGGUUCUGGUCCCUCUGAGAUACCACCACACCACUUUCAUCUGCCUGGCAAAGAGGAUACGGCUAAUAUGGAGGAGUACGACGCUUUGCUGCAAGAGCUCGCUGAAAACAUCACCAACGAGGAUCUGGACCAGCUAAAGUCAGCGUGCAAGGAGGACAUCCCCAGCGAGAAGAGCGAGGAGAUGACUUCCUGCCAGGACUGGUUCAGCUUUCUGGAGAAGCAUGACAAGCUGGCAAAAGACAACCUCUCAUACAUAGAACACAUUUUUGAGAUUUCCCGACGCCCAGAUCUUCUCACCAUGGUCAUCGACUACAGGACCAAAGUCUUGAAAAUCUCAGCAGAGGAAGAACUCGACACAAAGCUCACCCGGAUCCCUAGUGCCAAAAAAUACAAAGAUAUUAUAAGGCAGCCUUCAGAAGACGAAAUCAUCAAAUUGGCACCACCUCCAAAGAAAGCCUGAAGAACGAAAAAGAGAGAGAGAGAGAGGAAAAGGCUCAAUUCUGUUCGGUUGCCAUUGUUCACCUUUGACCUUCCGGCUCUCACCCUGCACAAUCCCACCACAGAACAGAGAUUGGGGAGGGUGGGGAAACGGGAGUAAAAGGAUCUCCGCACCCACCGAUGACCACUAACAGCCCUAAUCCCACUGUGUGUGUGUGUGUGUGUGUGUGUGUGUGUGUGUGUGUGUGUGUGUGUGUGUUCUGUGACCUGCAGUGUGUCCUACGACGCGUUUCGUAAGCGUGUGUUUAAAUAGAAGUAUUUUAUUUUUUAUUAUACAUCCUUUUUCGUGGGAUAACAUGUGGCUAAAUACCGUUCUUAUUUUGUUUGUUUUGUGGUUUGGAGAUUUCUAUGCAAAUGGAAAUGAUACCCUUGUACAUUUUUUCUCUUGUCAUGUCCGCCCCGUGGGCCACCACAGAAGACUGUGGUUGGUGCGUAGAGCAAUGCGUGAUCAGGAGAGUAUUGAAUGUUGGCGUAAGGAUGCUUUAUGUUUUUUUUUUUUAUAUAUAUUGAGGUGUAUCCGUCGCCGAUGCACAAAGGGGGCAAACAUUUUGUGGAUGAAAACCAUCACCGACCAUAACUAUUACGUAGCCACCAUGCACUCAUUCUCCUUAAUAUUUGUCUUAGCCCCCCCCCCCCCAAAAUGGCUGCCUUCGCUAUGUGUAGGUGGCAGGUGCACUUUUAAUAGAAGUCGGUGAUUGCGUCACUGCUGAACAUUCCAGUGUAUUGAUAAGAUUUUUUUUCUGGCCGGUACAUUUGCUAUAGCUGUGACCUCUUGAAUUACAGGUUAUUUACGUCCUUUGCAUUAAUAUGUGGAAUUGGAACAGGGACAUCACCAGGGGUCCUACCACUAAAUACAGAAUAAUAUAUUUUAAGUUUAAUACUGUGAUGAGACUGCUGUGCAAUUGUGGGUUUAAAUACAGGUUAGACUAAAGAAAACACCUUGAUUUUAUAGUUCUCAGUAUAUAGUGGAGAUCGGUCAUAAAAUGCCCAGAGACCACUAGUAAGAUGUAAGACUCUGUUUUAUAGAGCUUACGAUAUAACAAGUGUUAUACCAGGUAGCUUAUAGUUAUCCCAGGAGACCCAGUUUUAAGGAAAUCGAAUGGUAGUACUUUACUAAAUCUUGCUCCCAGAGCUGACAGUCUAGUAUAAGACAAAGACAGUAUACCAAUCUGAACAGAACAACUUACAAUCUAGUGGCAUGUUGAGACACGAGGCUAGUAAGGUACCAAUGAUUAAAUGAUUGGAAAAAUGUUUCUAAGUAACUUUUUGUGGUUCAGCCCUUUGCGUGUUACAUAGAAAUAUAGAACGUGACGGCAGAUAAGAACCACUUGGCCCAUCUAGACUGCCCCUGUGGUGCAAUGAGAGACACGAGCGUUGCAACCUGCCAUUGUGAUAUAUAUUACUGCUGUCCUGAUCUGGUAUUACAAUAGAAGGCGUUCAUUGAACAGCUAUACGUGGAAGUAUUGGUUGCACCAGCCCAUCUUGCAUUGGAGGCUCAGGGCAGGGGGGAGGCUGUAGAUCACUGGGAUGGGAAUAUAAAGGAGGAUAUAUAGGCCUGAGGGGUACUAGAGGAGAGUAAUGUAAGUGACAAUAUAGAACCCGGGGGACUCUUCAUUAUGAGAAGAGAGUUGCCGCAGAGAGUAAAAGAAGUAAGUGACGAUCUACACAGAACCAGGCGCAGACACAGCGGAUCAAUAGUCUAUAUUUCACGUGAGCCGCAGGAACUCCCGAAGGUCCUUCCAUCUGACUGUGUUCACACCACACCGCAACCCCUGCCCUGGGACUGAGGCCAGGCCGCCGCUGGCGGGCGAGAGGGGGUUAUAAAUGCCUGGAAUGGUUGAGAAUAAGACUGCGGAGAGCACAGGAUGACUGGACUUGUCCCUGCACGUGUCGGCACCGGGGAGCCACCUCAGUUCCAGGGAAUGAAAUGCGGCUGAAAUGACGCUGCAGAACCUGAUUUCCGCCUUUCAUACAAACAUUACAGGGAACGUGGAUAUGAUAUCCAUCCGCACAGCUGGUAUAACAAUAACACAUCACGGGGCUGGAAUGGGAGCGAGAGAGAGGUACAGCUGCUUCCCUCAGGCCUGCCGGAGGGGCCGUACCUCAGAGACCCCAUUACACAACUGCAGGGUCUGGCUGUUCCAAGCAGCAGUUAACACUUUCAUGGCAAUGAACUUCAGAGACGUACGAUUGUGUGAUCUGUGAAAACAUUUUGUAGAUUUUAUCUUAGUGUUAGGAUUCUAUGGGGGAUGUGAUGCUGUCGCAUGUGAAGCGUUCUGGAGAAUGGCCCCCACAGCUACAGCCAUAUGAAGAUGGCAUCAGCCUGUUGUAGCCUAAUAGCUACACUUGGGAAACUUAGCCAGCAGAGGGUUACUUCCAGCAAUGGCCGCCGUGCAUGCGUGGUCAGCUGACCGCAUGUGUCCCGACACUGGAACGAACAUAUCACAGGGACGGGCUCCUGUCCCCGCGUGUUUUCAUUCAUACACUCCACCGGUAUAUUUGCAUAUUGCAAUACGAUUUUGGGCACCAAUAUCGAUCCCAGAUCACACUGCAAAUGCGAUUAUUGAUAAAUGGGCCCCUCAGUCAGUAAAUUUACUGCAUGCCACCCAAUGGUAGUGAAACUUUUAUCCAAUAAUUUCAAAAUAGUGUUCGACAAAUGCUACACAACGAUUGGCUGAGAUCACAAUGCAAGUGUACUGCACUGCUGUUUGCGUUCUGAUUGGCUACGUGUUGUCCUAGUCCCACCCACCUCAUCUUCUGUAAGUCAGUGAUAGAAUGAGUGCAAUAGACCCUCUGGCCUAAUGGCAACAAAACUGCUAGCGCUUUAAUUAAAAGGGGGCACCCCGUUUAAUCCGACGCAUAAUGGCUCGCUGGGUGACCUGCGCCAUGUACAGACAACCAGUGGCUUGAAGGGAAUCUUAGUAGUGCAGACAGAUAAAGCUUCUGACGACACAUACACGCUACAGUUUGUGAUGGAACUACAAGUCUCAUCAUGCCCUGCCAGCCAGAAACGUCGGUCAUUAGGAGCACCGCUUUGUUAGACGGCUCGUGGCUCGCCAUAUGAUGUGCAACUACAAGUCCCAGCAAGCUGGGACCGUAUCCUGCACAGUAUGGGGUCCUGGAACCUAAAACCAGCCCCCUGAAUUCUUAAGCUACAUUUGCAGAUGGAAAACAGAUUAGGAAGGUUUCCCGAAGCCGCGGAACUGGGGAGCUGCCAACUUGCUGCUUCUUACUGAAAGCUACAUGAUGGAUUGUGGAUGAUGUGAGAAUGACUGUGGCCGAGGAAAGAUAACCGGCAGAGAGACUAGAUGCUGGAACGUAGGAGAGAUGAUCCAGAAUGGGUUUAAAGAAUUUCAUAUUAAAUUCAUGAUAGGGUUCUUUUCCUCUUUCAACAUAUUUGGUUCCAUUUAAUAAUGAUCCAAAUAACGGCGGUAUAUUCCAAUUAGUGUUACAGUGACGCGUAAUAAUAUGCUGCCGGUAUUUAAAAUAAAUUCCCUGUACGCCAAUGGCUUAUGCCAUCUUUAGACGGUGCAAGCAGCGCAGUCAUAAACAGCGGUAUGCUGAGCUUACCCCUGCCUUCUAUAUACUGAGCAGAGGUCAUAACCCCUUAACGAGGGCUACAGGACUUUGGCCCUCAUUCCGAGUUGUUCGCUCGCAAGCUGCUUUUAGCAGCAUUGCACAUGCUAAGCCGCCGCCUACUGGGAGUGAAUCUUAGCUUAUCAAAAUUGCGAACAAAAGGUUCUCAAAAUUGCGAUUAGAAAUUUCUUUGCAGUUUCUGAGUAGCUCGAGACUUACUCUUCCAGUGCGAUCAGUUCAGUGCUUGUCGUUCCUGGUUUGACGUCACAAACACACCCAGCGUUCACCCAGACACUCCUCCGUUUCUCCAGCCACUCCCGCGUUUUUCCCAGAAACGGUAGCGUUUUUUCACACACUCCCAUAAAACGGCCAGUUCCCGCCCAGAAACACCCACUUCCUGUCAAUCACAUUACGAGCACCAGAAUGAAGAAAAAAACCUCGUAAUGCCGUGAGUAAAAUACCAAUCUUCAUGGCAAAUUUACUUGGCGCAGUCGCAGUGCGAACAUUGCGCAUGCGCAAUAAGCGGAAAAUCGCUGCGAUGCGAAAAAAAUUACAGAGCGAACAACUCGGAAUGACCACCUUAUAGCUUAAAUGGAGCCCACUGUCAGAAAUUAAAUGAAUAAACCAAAGUUGAUUUUAUUUGAUACAUUGUUACAUUUGGCUUACAAUAAAAACUAUUGCAAUGAUUAAUUCGAUAUUGCACAUGAAUGGAAUUGGAAAAACCUUCACAAUGGUUAAUGUUUAUAUACAUUUGUAAUGUAUCCUAGCAAAUACCUGUAUAAAAAACUAGAAGAGCCUGAACCUCCAAUGCAUUACAAGGCCUUACCGCGGAUUACUCAGAAUAUAUAUGCAAUGGCAUCACCAGGGCCGUCUGAACAGCACAGUAGGCCCUGGGCAAAGCAAUGCACUGGGGCCCCUACCCACCCAUUCAUGGGAACCAAUAAAAAAAAUAAUAAUAACCCAUAACAUGCCCGUCCUGUGUUCCUGCACCAUCUCUCCGCAGUGAAUGGCUCUCAUCACUCUGAUUGGUGGUUAGCCCCAUCCAUCCACCAAUCAGCAUGAAUGUUGCCUGGCCACUCUGAUUGUGUGACCACCACCCGCCCCUGCUUGGAGGCCCCUGGAAUUGUGGCCCCCUGGGCAACUGCUCCGUGUGCCUACAUGUUAAAAUUACCCCAGGCAUCACCCUUAUUGCUAAGAGGUGUGUCUGCCUUAACCCUUAAGGAUUUAUUUUCUUUAAUAUGAAAGUUGCACGGUAGAGGUUUUAGCACUGACUAAACUAAGGAUCUCCUGUUACAGGGCAGAACGCAGACUACAUGCUCUAAAAUGUGGCCAUUUUACUGCAGAACUGGCUUCUGCUGGUCGUGGCCACCCGCAACAGCCAAAUAAGUCAUUACAGAUGCCACAGGUAUGGUUCAAUACAUCUACAUUAAAAAGGUCUACACUCAAUAGGUCAACCCCAAAUGGUCGACAAGAAAAAGGUCAAUAGGCAAAAGGCAGACAGUAGAAAUGGUUGACAGAGUCAAAAAGGUAACUCACAAAAAGGUCAUCACAAAAAGGUCAAUAUUUUUGUUUUUUUCCCGCUUCACCAAAACACCCCAUUAGUGUAUUAGAGUGUGUGUUUGCCACGCAUUGGGAAAGGUGCCUCGCUACACUACCACUGCGGCCGGCACAGCUGUAGUCCAUGUGGGUGGAAAAGUUUAAAAAAAGUAAAAAAAAUGUUUUUACAUAUAAACCUUGUAUCGAUCAUGUGUGUUAUGUCGACCUUUUUAACCUGUCAACCUUUUGUACUGUCUACCUUUUACAUGUCGACCAUUUAUACCUGUUGCACAAAUGCUUGUCGACCAUUUGGGUUUGACCUAUCGACUGUAACUAUUUUUAAUGUGGAUACCGCCCCCCCCCCCCCCCCCCCCACCCCCAGUGAAUCAGCAGGAGACUCCUAAACACACAAGCAGUACUGAGUAGAACGAGGCACCAGGGCGGUUCAUCCUCCGUACUGACGGAUGCUUGCGGCCAAACGAGAGAAUACAAAGAUUUAAUUUUCCAUUGUUUAAUCUGGAGCCAAUCACCCACUUCUAUCGUUGUGUAUUAUAAACCAAUUUUGCCAAGGGCCAGAAGGAAUCCGUGUUAUCACUGCUUCUGUUACACUGCUGGGAGGGAGCGUGUGGCGUUUUAUGCUGUGUGUUUCGCGCUGUUGUAUGUUGUUGUAUACACGACUGCUCCCUACUAUCAAAGAAAGCGGUUCCCUUCCUAUAUCCCCCUCAGAGUCAUCUCCAAACCUUCAGACUAGGAGAAUUAUUUCCUCCUGUUAUAUUUUAUUUUUUAUAUUCUGGUCUGAGGUAAAAAUAUGGUUCUAUAACUAAUAUAUGAUAUAGUUAUUAUGAGGGGGAGCAACUAUGGGUCCUUGAAGCAGACCUGUCACCUGCAGACAUUUCUCAACCAUGAACCACGGACUACUUAUUCGCUAGCAACCUAAUCAAUGUGCCUCGUACCUUAGCGAGGUUGCUACUAUCUAACGGAUUAAUAGGCUUAGUAUUGUAGGUCUUCUGUAACCUAAAUAUAUUGUGGACAAAGUUACAUUUCUAAAGGGGUAAUGUUUUUAUUUACUGGUGUGGCUACCUCCGCUCUCCGUGUAUAAGGGUUGAAGUCUUCACACUUUGCAUAUCUGGAUUGGUACAGUAUUAUUUUAUUUUGUUUUUAACAAUACUCCAUUGUAGAGCGAACUAGAAAAGUGUAACCCACUUAGCACAAGAGUGGGACUUGUCUUCAUAUGAAGGCAGAGACGCUGAGAGAAACGUUGUGGUAUGGAUUGGAAGCCAUUAAGAAUUUCAAAUAAACACCAGUUAAGAUAAUGAUCUAUUUAACUCAAUCCACAAUAGAUUUAGCCAAUGGCUCCCAUCCUGUGGGCUGAAGCUGUACUCAGCCUAUCAGCUUGCUAGGAACCAGUGACAUCAGUGAAGCACUGCCUCACUAAUAUUCAUGAGGCCUGAUUAAUAUUCAUGAAGCCUGUCUUAAAUGCAUGAGGCCAGACUAAUAUUCAUGAGGCCUCCUUUAUAUUCAUGAGGCACUGGAUCUUAGUAAAGAAAACUGGUUAUUAGUUUAACCCACAUGACCGAUGCCUCCACUCUGUAAUGGUGACAGGUGCACUUUUAUUUUGGGCAGGAACAAAAGUUACUUGAUGACUUUCAUUACAAUUAAAAAAAAAUUUUUUGUAAGGGUUACAGUUAUGUUGAAAACUAUUCUCACAUUAUACAUAGAAGUCAUUCCUUUUUCUUUUCUUUCUUUUUUUUUUUUUUUAAAUAUACCAAUGUAGCCUUUAAUACAUAAUUUAGAAGUCAAACAAAAAAUGACCAAAAGUGGUUACUUUGGGGACGUUUUCCAUUGAUGAACCAUACAGGAUUACAUUUUGUUUGUGUGGAAGUUCCGGCAGACUCGUAUAAUGUGUGUUGUUGCGUGCGGUAGGAAAAGUGAAAGUCCAGCUUAAAAUAUUACAAGUAUUGUUUAUUGUACUUUGAAAUUUGGAAGUGUUGGGGAUAUAUGAGACUUCUUAUUUGUCCUAAAUAGUGACGCUAAUAUUUAUGGGAAAUGCAUAUUAGCGAUUUAGACGGAGUCUCGGGAUUGCUAGCUAUGGGAUCUGUAAUGUCGUUUUUCAUGGGAUGAUCAUAAAACAUAGUAGCCCUAUAGUAAUAACAGAUUUAAAGCCACAAACACAAGUGCAUAAUUCCAGUUAAGAAAAAUAUAGAUAUUUUUGUAAAGAUUGCGUGCUCACAUUUAUCUUUACUGUGCCUUCCAAACCAACAGACUGUAGACUUUCUCUGUGCUGCAGCUGUGUCACCAGACAAUUAGCCACCUUUGAUGCACAUACUUGCAAAUCAGGUGCAGUCCACUUCUCAAGGGUAUCUUAUUAAUUCUGCUACCUAUUCUCCGCAUAAAGGACUUAAAACCUGGGACUCCUUGCAAAAAGCAAGACCCAUAUUCCUAGACAUUCUAGGUAAGGUAUCUUAGACCAAUCAACAAGAAAAUAUUUGUACUUUUAUUUUUUCUUGUAAUUUUUUUUUUGUAAAGCUUUGGGGAGAAAAGAUUUAAUGACAAAAUACCUACCACCUUCUCGUUGUUCUCCAUGCUGUAUUAUCGCCAGUACUGUACAAGGACAGUUAGAUACAAAGGAACUGGCCUUUCCAAUGUUACUAGAUGAUAACGCAAAGGUCAUCAAAUCAUUUGACACUGUAUGGUAUUUUUACUAGAGAUCGGUUUAUCAAAGCUGCCAAUCUCUGUGACUCUGAGGGCUGAAUUUAAAAGGGCAAUGAAAGUACACACAAAAUUAGGCUUGUUUAGCGUAUAUCACUAUUGCCCUUUUGAAUCUUGUGUCCAACGCUAUCGAGAUUUGGCACAUAUAGAGCACAAUGGAUGGAAUUUCGAAGUGGAAUCUACAUAUUAGAAAAUUGGGAAAUAAGCCACACCUGGUAAGGUUUAUGUGCGUUUGUGGAUUUUUAAGUGAAAAAUAAAAAUAAUGACAAAAAGAUGCCCCACCCACAAAUAAAAAAAAAAAUCAACUGCAUACUUAAAUUAUUCAUAGGAGCUUGGGUAUCAAUUUAAUAGUUUAUUUAAUAUUGGAUAUGACAUAUAUUAUUAAAGUCAAACUAAAAAAUAGAUACAUUUAUUUUUGUGAUGCAGCUUCAGCCAUUUUUGGAAUGAACAAACGAAGUUGAAAACUAGCUAAAAAUAAAAUCUUUUUCAUUUUGGUGACAUAUAAAAACUGAAAUUGUAAUCCUACUAGAUAAAACGCUGAUAAAUUUUAAAGUGUGAUUUUGCAGCCCAAAGAGUUAUUGGUAAGUGCUGUAAAAAUAAAAACUGCAUCCAAAAACACUCCAUCAUCUUCAUCAUCAAGCACACACCUAAACGCACAGUCAAUCAAAUACCCACAUCUAUAAAUUAAAGAAAAAAAAUAUUUUGCAAGGGGCCUUGAAUACUUGAAAAACAUUUCUAGUUAUAAACAUUAGUCCUAACUGCAAUCUCCCUUAUACUUAAGUUUUUGAAUAUGGUCGCUGCCUAUGGAAAAAGCCAUACUAGAGGGGCGGGAGAAAAACAAAACAAAAAAAUAAAAUAAAAUAUAUAUAUAUAUAUCUUAAAUUAGUAGGUAUUAAUAAAGAAAAAUGCAGAUAUUCAUUUUUUUUUAGCAGAUGGUUAAAGAAUUAUACACCCAACAUUCUUAUGAUGUUCCCUUUGUUUUUUUGUCAAGUGUCAGAAACUUACUAUUGUGUUAAUAUUGUUGAUUUGGAUUUUUGUUUGCUCUUUCCCAGCAUUCAACGCUCAGACCGUGUUAACUGUGUGUACAUAUAUAUUAUAAAUAUAUGUAUAUUAAAUAUACUAAGUGUUUCUCUUGCUAUUUAGUGUUAAUUUAUUGCAAAGCUACAGGACUUGAGAUGAAGGAAUCAAUUCUGGUUUUUCUAUAUCCAAAAAUAAAACCUGAUCUGUUAACAUUUGUGGAUGAAAGAAAAAGAAAAAAAAAACAUAAGAUAUAUUUUUUAAAUACCAUAUUAACAAGACUGAAAUAUAUAUAUAUAUUAGUAGACUGCUGUAAUUGUGUAUAUGUUACAGAUGACUCCAGAUUUUGUUCAAUCUUUAUAGCAUUUAAACAAAUGGCAUUAAUUGAACCAUUUUUUCUUUCACUAGUGAGAGGAAAGAUAAAAUAUAGAAGUGGCACUUAUUUGCUGUAUUAUUUAGUGCCAAAAAUAAUUCUAUUAAUCCAUCCAAUUUAAUGUACUAAAAUACAUAGAAAUUCCUAUUUUCAUAGGCAUUUAAUUACAGUGGGUUUUACAUUGUUUCCGAUAACUAAUGUAUGUUUAAACUUUAUAGAUUAAUUUGGGCCAAGUUUUUUGCAUAUUUAACUUUAUGUUUAAGGUUUUCUUACUGUUUUUUUCCACCAAGUAGUUUAGUUGUCCUGGAUACAAUACAAAAAUAUGAUUUAAGCACAGUUCUACUUAAUGAAAAGAGCAGAUCCUCCUUUAUAUAAAGGCUUUGCUAAACAGCACAGAAGCAAUGCAGCAAGAAAAAGCAAUGCAUUUCACACUUUACAGGAGGACAGUUACAGUUAAAAAAAUGUUGCCUAAAUGUGGAACACCACGGGUAAUGUUUUUCACUGAUAAACUUAUUUUGAUUACAUAGCGCAAACAGAAAUCAACUUUGAAUUGACUAAAAUGACUAAUAAAUUGUCUAUUUGUGCCACGUUCUUAGCUGCCAUUGACGUUGCGUUAGGAGUUGUCUACUUUACACAAUGACAGCACAAUCAAAACAUAUAUAAGAGAAUUAUAAGAAUUGCCUGAAAGAGAAUUAUAUAAUGUGAACCUAGAACUUUCAACAGCAUAUUGCACUGACCAUUUAAACAGAACAACUUCCUUCAAGAGUCCCUUGUUGGCUAAACUUUGUAAAAAAAAUAAAUAAAAAUAAAAUAAAAUAAAAAAAGUGCAAAAAAAAAAAUACUUGUUAGAAAGACAGUGAUUGAAAUUCCCAUGCUUUGCUUUUUGCAUUCUACUGAAAUUGUAAGAAAAAAAAGUGACAAAAAUAAUUGUGCUAAUAAAGUUUAUUGUAUUGAAUAUAACA